ACGAUUUACUACGGUCAUGAGGCUCGUGGUAGUAUUCUACGCCGCCAUAACAUGCUGGUUACUCGUUAUCACAACUUCAUUUGCAAACUAUAAACAUUUGAUGAUCGUUCUGUCUUUAGUUUCAAAGAUGUGCAACAACCAUUACCAAUAGCAUUAUUGAAAAUGGAACAACCAUAUUUUAUAAAAGGAAAAAUCGGAACAAAUUCUUUAGCAUUUACGUGUUCAUUUUUAGUGUUUGUCGGUCGUGCUGCUACUCUUGUGCCACGGGAUAAUAGCCAUUAUAUCGAAGGCAAAAGCCGUUACGUCUGGUUCCCUGACGGUAAAGGUAUACCACAACUUGUAGACCUUCACGCUGCUGUCGAUAACUCUGUUUUAAGAUAUAGAAAUGGGGCUCAUGCUCAAUAUUGGCUUUAUACGAGACAGAACCCACAUAAACCACAAAUCAUAGAACACGGAAGGAUCGAUAGCAUUUGGGGAACUAACUACAACGCAAACAAACCUUUGAUGGUCAUCAUUCAUGGAUGGAGGAGCGACGGUAACUCGGGCAUGAAUCCGCUCAUCACUGAAGCCUAUCUAACUGUUCAAGACGCCAAUGUCAUUGUAGUUGACUGGCGAGUACUCGCUGACUCGUCUUAUGUGACGGCGGUCAAAGGAGCACCAAUUGUUGGCUACUUCCUUGGCCAUUUCCUAAACUGGUUUAUUAGAGUUGGUGGUGGAAACUGGGAUAAUGUUCAUCUAGUUGGGUUCAGUUUGGGAGCGCACAUCGCUGGCAAAGCUGGACGAGUUACACGACGCCGACCCCGGAGAAUAACUGGAUUAGACCCGGCUGGUCCGCUAUGGAGCGAUGAAGCCAAAGGUAUUAACAAGAAAUCCGGUCAGUACGUGGAAGUAAUUCACACAGAUGGCGACCGUUUAGGUAUUUUCAAUCCUAUUGGUAAUGCUGACUUCUAUCCCAACGGUGGUCGGAACCCUCAGCCUGGUUGUGAGUCCUCCACCUGCUCUCAUGGAAGAGCCACUGAACUAUUCGCAAGCAGUGUCCUCAAUAAUCAUUUAGUCGGUAGAUGGUGCAAGAACAUCAACAAAGCUGAAGACAGUUCGUGUCUUGGCAAAGGUCUGAAGUUAGGAAAUUCAGAUCUUUCAAAACGAGGAAGGGGUAUAUACGGUUUAAAUACUUCCAGUUCGUGGCCGUUUUGAGUGUUAUUUUUUUAAUUAUAUGUAAUUGUUUUAAAUUGUAAAUUGUGUUAUUAAAAACAUAUUGGGUUUAAAAUGUUAUUGCUAAUUUGUUAUUCCAUAGUAAUGUUAUAAACUUGGCUCCAUACUUUCAUCACU